AUGCUUCCCAAGAUGUCGUCUGGGGAUAUGAAAACUUCAGCAUCUGAUUUGAACUAUCCCGCAUCAUUCACCGAUCUCAACCCCAACGGUCGAGUUCCCGUCAUCGAGGAUCCUAACCGGGAUCUCGUGCUUUGGGAGUCCGGUGCCGUGCUCAUGUAUCUCGUCCAAGAAUACGACAAGAAUCACACCUUGACAUACGCAGAAGGAAAUGAGGUUCAUCACAUUAACCAAUGGCUCUACUUCCAAACCAGUGGUCAGGGUCCUUAUUACGGCCAAGCUGCAUGGUUCAAGGUUCUCCAUCCCGAGCGCGUCCAGUCUGCCAUUGACCGGUACGUGAACGAGAUCAGGCGCGUAUUGGGCGUGUUGGACGGAGCUCUGGAGGGCAGGGAGUGGCUAGUCGGCGACAAGAUGACGUUUGCCGACAUGGCUUUCGUGCCUUACAACAGCAUCUUGUUCUUUUGUUUUUGA